AUGGGGAAGGACCAGGAGCUGUUGGAAGCUGCUCGCACUGGAAAUGUGGCUCUGGUGGAGAAACUCCUGUCUGGCAGGAAAGGAGGGAUCCUGGGCGGUGGAUCCGGACCCCUGCCCCUGUCUAAUCUGCUAAGCAUCUGGCGAGGCCCCAAUGUGAACUGCACAGACAGUUCGGGUUACACUGCUUUACACCAUGCAGCCUUAAAUGGACAUAAGGACAUAGUUCUCAAACUGCUUCAAUAUGAGGCAUCAACAAAUGUAGCAGACAACAAAGGUUAUUUUCCUAUUCACCUGGCUGCCUGGAAAGGAGAUGUGGAAAUUGUGAAGAUUCUUAUUCAUCAUGGACCAUCGCAUUCCAGAGUCAACGAACAGAACAAUGAAAAUGAAACUGCCCUGCACUGUGCAGCUCAGUAUGGACACUCAGAAGUAGUUGCUGUUCUCCUGGAAGAGCUCACUGAUCCUACCAUCAGGAACAGCAAGCUGGAAACUCCUCUGGACCUGGCAGCCCUCUAUGGAAGGCUUAGAGUGGUCAAAAUGAUCAUCAGCGCACACCCUAACUUAAUGAGCUGCAACACUCGAAAGCACACACCACUACACCUUGCUGCACGCAAUGGUCACAAAGCAGUUGUUCAGGUGCUGCUGGAAGCAGGAAUGGAUGUGAGCUGUCAAACAGAAAAAGGGAGCGCACUUCACGAAGCAGCUUUGUUUGGAAAGGUAGAUGUUGUGCGAGUUCUCUUAGAAACAGGAAUUGAUGCCAACAUAAAAGAUAGCUUAGGUAGAACUGUCUUAGACAUUCUGAAAGAACAUCCAUCUCAGAAAUCUCUCCAGAUUGCAAGUCUCUUACAAGAAUAUUUAGAAGGCGUGGGAAGAUCAACAGUCCUUGAAGCACACAUACAGGAAGAUACAACACAAGAAACACAUAUUUCAUCUCCUGUUGAGUCUCCUUCCCAGAAGACCAAAAGUGAAACUGUGACUGGAGAAUUAUCAAAACUCUUGGAUGAAAUAAAGCUCUGUCAAGAAAAGGAUUAUUCUUUUGAAGAUUUGUGCCACACAAUAUCAGACCACUACUUAGAUAAUUUGAGCAAGAUUUCAGAGGAAGAACUUGGGAAAAAUGGAAGCCAGAGUGUAAGAACUUCAUCUACAAUAAAUUUGUCACCAGGAGAAGUGGAAGAAGAAGAUGAUGAUGAAAACACUUGUGGGCCCUCAGGACUCUGGGAAGCAUUAACUCCUUGUAAUGGAUGUAGGAACCUUGGCUUCCCCAUUCUUGCACAGGAGUCCUAUCCAAAGAAGAGGAAUUACACUAUGGAAAUUGUACCAUCUGCUUCUCUGGAUAUAUUUCCUUCAGAAAAUGUGAACUUUCUAUGUGAUCUCAUGGACACAGCAGUUACAAAGAAACCUUGCUCCUUAGAAAUUGCAAGGGCCCCUUCUCCAAGAACUGAGAAUGCCUCUGAGGUAGCAAUUACUGCUCCAGGAACUAGUAACCAUAGAAACAGCUCCACAGGCCCAACACCUGACUGCUCACCUCCAUCCCCUGACACUGCCCUCAAAAAUAUUGUAAAAGUCAUUCGACCCCAGCCUAAACAACGAACAUCUAUUGUGUCUUCUCUGGAUUUUCAUCGAAUGAAUCACUGCCAAGAAUAUUUUGAAAUCAACACAUCUACAGGGUGUACAGGCUUUACUUCCAGCCCUCCUGUUAGUCCACCCACCUCUUCUGUGGCAACCACAGAAGUCAAGAACGAGGGAACUGGCCGUACAGAUGAUCUCUCUCAAGAGGAGCACAAUGAUCCCCCAAAAGAAUAUGAUCCUGGGCAAUUUGCAGGCCUUCUCCAUGGAUCCUCUCCAGCCUGUGAGUCCCCUGAAAAUCCAUUUCAUCUCUAUGGGAAAAGAGAUGAACGUGAAGAAGGAAAAGAUGAAGUCAGUUUGACAAAUAGUCCUUUGCCUUUCAAGCAGACUCCAAUAGAAAAUAACUCAGAACCUUUGGUAAAGAAAAUUAAACCCAAAGUAGUCAGUAGAACAAUUUUUCACAAAAAAAGCAACCAACUUGAAAACCAUACCAUUGUUGGCACAAGAACAACUAGGAGUGGAUCCCGGAAUGGGGACCAGUGGAUUGUGAACACGGGGGGAUUUGUGGAGAGAGCCUGUACCCUGGGAAGAAUAAGGUCAUUGCCAAAAGCCCUGAUCGACAUGCAUUUAUCAAAAAAUGUCUCUAAAUCGGAUUCUGAUCUCAUUGCCUACCCUUCAAAUGAGAAAACAUCAAGAGUUAACUGGACUGAAUCUUCAACUGCUGAUCACAGUUCUAAAGGGAAUUCUGAAAGAACGCCAUCCUUCACUUCCGAAUGGGAAGAAAUUGACAAAAUAAUGAGUUCCAUAGAUGUUGGAAUUAACAGUGGACUUGAAGAAAUUAAUGGUGAGAACACAAGACCCAGAUGCCCUGUCCAAACAGUGGGACAAUGGUUGGAAAGCAUUGGGCUACCUCAGUACGAGAACCACCUGAUGGCUAAUGGAUUUGACAAUGUGCAGUUUAUGGGAAGCAAUGUUAUGGAAGAUCAAGAUCUGUUGGAAAUUGGAAUCCUUAAUUCUGGGCACAGACAAAGAAUUCUACAGGCAAUCCAGCUCCUUCCAAAGAUGAGACCCAUUGGCCAUGAUGGCUACCAUCCCACAUCUGUUGCUGAGUGGCUGGAUUCCAUUGAACUAGGUGACUACACCAAAGCCUUUCUGAUUAAUGGCUAUACGUCGAUGGACCUGUUGAAAAAAAUCUGGGAGGUCGAACUUAUUAAUGUUUUAAAAAUCAAUUUGAUUGGCCACAGGAAACGUAUCUUGGCAUCUCUAGGAGACAGGCUGCACGACGAUCCACCACAGAAGCCCCCUCGGUCCAUCACUCUCAGGGAACCCAGUGGUAAUCACACUCCUCCUCAGUUGUCUCCAUCACUUAGCCAAAGCACUUACACCACUGGUGGCUCCCUAGACGUUCCUCACAUUAUCAUGCAGGGCGAUGCAAGGAGGAGAAGAAAUGAAAACUACUUUGAUGAUAUUCCCCGAUCAAAACUGGAGAGGCAGAUGGCCCAGACAGGAGACUGGGGAGAACCUUCCAUUACCUUGCGACCUCCAAACGAAGCCACAGCCUCAACUCCAGUGCAGUACUGGCAACACCACCCGGAAAAGCUCAUCUUCCAGUCGUGUGAUUACAAAGCUUUUUAUUUAGGUUCUAUGCUGAUAAAAGAGCUCAGGGGGACAGAAUCAACCCAAGAUGCUUGUGCAAAAAUGCGGGCUAACUGUCAGAAGUCUACAGAGCAAAUGAAGAAGGUCCCUACUAUUAUUCUUUCCGUCUCAUAUAAAGGAGUCAAAUUUAUUGAUGCAACAAAUAAGAACAUAAUUGCCGAACAUGAAAUUCGUAACAUCUCCUGUGCUGCCCAGGACCCAGAAGACCUCUCAACAUUCGCUUAUAUCACAAAAGAUUUGAAGUCCAAUCACCACUACUGUCACGUGUUUACUGCCUUCGAUGUGAAUUUAGCCUACGAGAUCAUCCUAACGCUGGGACAGGCAUUUGAAGUUGCUUACCAGCUCGCGCUGCAAGCCAGGAAAGGGGGUCAUUCCUCCACGCUUCCAGAAAGCUUUGAAAACAAGCCCUCCAAGCCCAUCCCCAAGCCCCGAGUCAGCAUUCGCAAGUCGGUGGUAAGUAGAAAAGACACAGAUGUUCUGAAAACCUUGAAGUGGAGCGGAGGGAUCCUUGGUGCCAUGGGGGCUGGCGAGAAUCCAGGGCCUGCCCUUCUGGUCCUUCCCUCGGCCUCAUCCUGGCACGUGUCUGUCCUCUCAGCCCAGUUCCUGCAAAGUCUUGGGGACCAUCUGCCUGAACUUGGAGGCUCCCAAGGAAAUUCCACUUCUUUUGUCCCUUGCAGCAGCCUGUGAGGGGACUGGGCGCUGCUGGCCUCCCGGGGGAGUCUUUCCUCAAGGUCCAGGCGAUCUUGGGAAAAAGGAUCCCUGAGGCCCCGGCUGCCACCCCUCUAGGGGGCAAGCCUCUCACAAGCCGCAGGGCAGCAGAGAGGGUGACAGAGGCUCACGGGGAGGGCAUCCCUGGUACGCAGCUAGAGG